GUGGCACGCCUUUAUUUAUUAUUGUUACACCGGCAUCGUCAACUUUGCAAACUUGCGAUCUCAAAGUAUAUCUGAUGUGACGCUUCAGUAGAGACCACAUUGCUCCCCGAAGUCGAUGUAUUAACUGGUUAUGAAGCUUCAAAAUGAACCAUUAUCUCAACUUGCUUUCAAGGCCAUUGAAACCAGCUUGUCCGCAGCCAACAUACUGGACGAGGCAUUCUCCAAAUUCACUUCCAGAGAGAUGGAAAUCACCCUCCUCUUGCAACAUAGGAGUGCGCCAGCAGUUUUGCAGGGUCUUCCAGCUAAAAUAAAAGCUGUGGCCAUGGGCAAUCUACCUCACGCUGCAUCGGCUUUCACUGCGUUAUACCAGCAAAUUACACAGAUAUCUGGCCAAGAUUGAUCCCGAUGGCACGCGUCGUUCGGGUCUGUCCAUUGCGUGGACUUCCCAUUGUACUACCAACCUGUAACGUCUACUGUUGUUGAUCGUGUUGUCGAACUCGUGUACCCUGUUCACUGUUAGUGAUCUGCUACGGGAUAGGAUUACUAAUUUCCUGUACUAGUUACUCCUAAAUAUGGAGGCGCGACACUGCCUUCCAGAUAAGAGACUGCGGCUGAGAGGGGCACCUAUACGCGUCCU